AGGGGCUGGGCUUGCUACGGCCAGGGAGAUUUAGAGCAAAACCCCGGCCAGAAACAAGUCAGAGAAGGAGAGGUUUAUGUGCCGUUGCUGUGUUUAUUUCUGGUGAGGUUUCAUCAUGAAGUUCUAUCUGUGUAUGUUGGCCCUAAGUUUGGAGGCAUGCCUUGCUGCACCAGGCCUGGACCCUGUUCUGGAUGAUCACUGGGGAAUGUGGAAAUCAUGGCAUAACAAGCAGUACCAUGAGAAGGAGGAAGGCUGGAGGAGAAUGAUCUGGGAGAAGAACCUGAAGAUGAUUGAAUUGCACAAUCUGGACCACAGUCUGGGCAAGCAUAGCUACCGUCUGGGAAUGAAUCAUUUUGGAGACAUGACUAAUGAAGAAUUUAGGCAAGUCAUGAAUGGCUUCAAACACUCCAAAAUGGAAAGAAGAUAUUCAGGAUCACAGUUCCUUGAGCCAAAUUUCUUGGAGGUACCAAGAUCUGUUGACUGGAGGGAGAAAGGAUAUGUGACUCCAGUGAAAGAUCAGGGUCAGUGUGGCUCUUGCUGGGCGUUCAGUACUACCGGAGCCCUUGAAGGACAGCACUUUCGCAAAACUGGCAAGCUGGUCUCUCUGAGUGAACAAAACCUUGUGGAUUGCUCUCGGCCUGAAGGUAACCAGGGCUGUAAUGGGGGCCUCAUGGACCAGGCUUUCCAGUAUAUAAAGGACAAUGGAGGCGUUGAUUCAGAGGAAUCCUAUCCAUACAUUGGAAAGGAUGAUGAGGAUUGUCUGUAUAAGUCUGAAUAUAAUUCUGCGAAUGACACUGGCUUUGUGGACAUCCCUGAAGGACAUGAAAGGGCACUCAUGAAGGCAGUGGCUGCAGUAGGGCCGGUCUCCGUGGCUAUUGAUGCAGGUCACACCUCCUUCCAGUUCUAUGAGUCAGGCAUUUAUUAUGAACCACAGUGUAGUAGCGAAGACCUGGAUCACGGUGUUCUUGUUGUUGGAUAUGGCUUUGAGGGUGCAGAUGAAGAUGGCAAGAAGUACUGGAUUGUGAAAAACAGCUGGGGCAAGAAGUGGGGCCUCAAAGGCUAUAUCUACAUGGCUAAAGACAGAAAAAACCACUGUGGAAUAGCUACAGCAGCUUGCUACCCUCUAGUAUAAUCUUGCAGAAAAAGAAGUUGCUGGAACAGCCACAGCCCUUCACUUGAGAAAAGAUGAACCACUGGAAUAAGCUUGCCAGCUUGUUGGUCCCCAGACAUCUUCUGGGGCCACCAAGUAUUUCAGCAGCAGAAAGACUUUAAACUGACUAGACACAUGUCACUAAUACAUGUGGUUGUAUGCUUCUUUCAAGAUCAGAAUUGUAAUUUUAUUUUUACCUUGAACCUCUCUGAUGUUUACUUGAAGGCAAUAUGUGCCCCUCUUUCCUUCUUUUUUUACUUGAUGUAAAUGUUGCAUAUGUACACAAGCUUGUAAUAUUGAUAGCUUGCAGACUGACUAAACCAUGUAGAGUCUUUUUUUAAUUUUAUUUUUUAAGCAGCAACUUGCACAGAACGUUACAGCUUUUAAAAUAAAACACAAAACAUUUCAACAUA